AAAAAGCAGAAGAAGCAGAGGAAGGAGGGGAAGAAGAAGAAGACUCACAGCCCAGACUCUCUCCAUCCGCCUCUGCUCUCUGUGUCUGACCCCUCACCUUAUGGACUAGAUUCCUCCACAGGUGGAUUCUUAAGUGUGGAAUUUGCUUUGCCUUUUUCAUUUGUUUCCCCCAGAGCAAAAUGCAGGCACAGUUGGCAUGUGUGCUUCUCCUCUGUUUCACAUGUGGUGGACUUUGCACAGACGCUGACCAGGAGCAGCGAGCGCUCGAAGAGGAGCUGCUGAACAGUAUCUUCACCUCUAAGAUGAAACAGAGUAAGCAGAGUGCCCCCUACUGGCAGGCGUCGCUGGCCAACCUGUGCAGGAUGGUGAGCAGCCUGCAGCGGCCGUGGCAGCAGGAGGCGUGGAGCGGCGAGGAGGGCGACGAUGAGCUGAACGAGCUUUACAACCUGCAACAGAUCUGCCGAGCUCUGCAAAGCCGGGAGGAGAGGCUACUUCGCGACUCUCUAGAAUACUUGGAGGAGAAUAGUGACACUCCGCUGAAACGGAAAUCACCAUACAUCCUGAAGAGGCAAGUGGUGCACACCACUAAGUCCCGGAGGCCGUACAUCCUCAAACGAAGUACAUUGUACUGACAGCCAUCCCUGUGGCGGGAAGCUCGGGGGAAUAGACCAUAUACAUUCUGUGAAUAAGUGGCGGUGUUCUUUUUUUUUUUUUUCUUGUAGCUGCAGUGUUUCCCCUGUUGUUGUUCUGUCAAAUCAGACCUCUCGAUUGUAUGUCCAUCACUUAGGCCUUCCUGUAUUCUGCUCCCUUCAAGUAUAAUGGUUCCUGUAAAUAAAACAAGAUCCUGAGCAUCAAGCAAAACAUGUACCUUUGAAAGACUAUAUUUAUUUAUUCAUUUAUGUAUGAGAUUUGUUCACUGCACAGUACAUUUAUUUUCC